ACUCCUACUAACAUUAACCACAGAAGAAGAUCACUGCUAGGUUAGCUGGCAAGGUAGCAAACCGCAGGUAUAGUUUGACGUGAGCAUCAAAAUGCUUCUACAGACGGUCAGACCGUGGUUGCUUCGUUGCAGGAGUCUACCUUUGGCUUGCACAAGGUCUUACUACGCCGAUAAAGUAGCUCGACUCGGCUCUCAGCCGGAUAAACAGUCUUCUGAAUAUCAGGAGAAUUAUGAGCGAAUGCAAGUUCGUGUUGAUGAACUGAAAAGCAGGACAGAGAGGAUUAAAUUGGGUGGAGGAGAAAAAGCCAGAAGACUUCACACUUCUCGUGGGAAACUCCUGCCUAGAGAGCGUAUAGACAGACUACUGGAUCCAGGGACCCCUUUCUUGGAAUUCUCUCAGUUUGCAGCUUAUGAAUUGUAUGGAAAAGAGGAAGUCCCAGCUGGCGGUAUACUUACUGGGAUUGGGCGGGUUUCAGGGGUGGAAUGUGUUAUUGUUGCAAAUGAUGCUACUGUCAAAGGGGGAACAUACUACCCUGUUACAGUGAAGAAACACCUUCGUGCACAAGAAAUUGCCCAGCAGAACCACUUGCCAUGCAUUUAUUUAGUGGAUUCGGGAGGUGCCAAUCUACCCAGACAGGCCGAUGUCUUUCCAGACAGAGAUCACUUUGGGCGCAUUUUCUACAACCAGGCCAGGCUGUCUUCAGAGGGAAUAGCACAGAUUGCUGUUGUGAUGGGCUCCUGCACUGCUGGGGGAGCGUAUGUACCUGCCAUGGCAGAUGAGAGCAUCAUUGUGCGGAAGCAAGGAACCAUUUUCCUAGGAGGACCUCCAUUGGUCAAAGCUGCCACUGGGGAAGAAGUUUCUGCUGAGGACUUAGGUGGUGCUGAUCUUCACUGCAAAAAAUCUGGUGUGACAGACCACUAUGCUCUAGACGAUAACCAUGCGCUCCAUUUAGCAAGAAAGACAGUGAGAAGCCUCAACUACAGGAAAAAUAUUGAGGUCACCACAGAACCUACUGAAGCCCCUCUCUACCCUGCGGAUGAACUCUAUGGCAUAGUUGGAGAUAACUUGAAACGCAACUUUGAUGUCAGAGAGGUCAUCGCCAGAAUAGUAGAUGGCAGUAAGUUUGAUGAGUUCAAAGCUUUCUAUGGAGACACACUUGUUACAGGUUUUUCAAGAAUAUUUGGUUACCCUGUCGGAAUCAUCGGCAACAACGGAGUCUUGUUUUCAGAGUCUGCGAAAAAGGGGACGCAUUUCAUUGAAUUAUGCUGCCAACGAAACAUCCCCAUUAUUUUUCUCCAGAAUAUAACAGGCUUCAUGGUGGGUAGAGAGUAUGAAGCAGGAGGAAUUGCCAAGGAUGGAGCCAAGAUGGUAACUGCAGUUGCCUGUGCCAAUGUACCCAAGAUUACUGUUAUCAUUGGCGGCUCCUAUGGUGCAGGAAACUAUGGCAUGUGCGGCAGAGCCUACAGCCCUCGAUUCCUAUACAUGUGGCCAAAUUCACGAAUCUCUGUAAUGGGCGGUGAGCAGGCAGCCACUGUCCUGGCAACCAUCACCAAGGAUCAGAGGGCACGCGAGGGAAAGGAGUUCACAGCAGAGCAAGAAGCUGCCAUGAAGGAACCAAUAGUGCGGCGGUUUGAGGAGGAAGGCAGUCCAUACUACUCUAGUGCUAGACUGUGGGAUGACGGGAUUAUUGAUCCUGCUGAUACUCGUAUGGUUUUGGGACUGAGCCUCAGUGCAGCACUGAAUGCACCAACGAAGAAGACACGUUUCGGAGUGUUCAGGAUGUAAUGCUCAUUUAGCUUGUACAGGUGUAGAGACCUCAGACCUACCUUUCAGAGUUGGACAUGUACUGCACUUAAUCUAGUCUUUGUAGUUUUACUUGUGAGGUGUGUCACCUGAUUAAGAGCAACAAACAGACAAAAAGAAGAAACAUCAAAUCAAGUAGAAUCACACAACCUUGGAUCCAUGGGGAUGUGAUUGGAUGGUGUGCUGUUGUUGUGGGACAUUUCCACUAAUAAGUUGUGCCUUAACUGUUACUACUCCAGUGUAAAUGCAAACUGUACUUAACUGUGUUCUUCCCCUCUUUGAUGGAUUUUUUUUUUUAUUCAAUACUGUAAAUGGUGAAUUAUAAAAAUGUGAAAACAAA